UACCCUCCUCGCACGAGCCGGAAACAAGCCUAGCUGACCUCCUAGCACCACCAUUGGUGUCCUGCUGUAUACCUCCAGCCAGAGAAUCCUCCGCCGCCUACUUUUCUAUCCCCUCUCUCCUCUCUCGGUGGCUCCGUCUCGCUGGAAGGAACUGAAAAAUUUGUUCCGCAUCACGUCACGACCUCCCACCACACCUACCCACAUUCCCUGCCUGGCAUUUUGCACCAUUUCAUUGCCUUCGGUUUGGGGCCGCUCCAGGAGACAUCUAGUCCGCCGAAGGGAAUCAGGGGUGCGGAUCGCUGCGUUGGGCUCACCCUGGAUCUAGCAGGAUGCAGAAUGAUGCGGAUCUCCAGAUAUUCUUCACCAAGGUGGAUGGAUCUUUCCCGGGAAGACACCAGGACUUGCAGCCGAUAAUUACGUGGAAAUCGAGCACCACCCCCAUCGCCACGGAGUUCCGCCUCCCCAUCCCGGUGGAACACAGCGGCAGCGUCAUCGACUACAGUUUCGAAACCCUCCACAACGACGUACAGUUCGCCAUCCUGUUCGAAGAGGCGGACGACAGCAAGGGAGGCGGGGCCUUCAGCGGGGAUGGGGGUAUUGCCGAGGACGGGCAAGAGGAGGUGAUCGUCGAGCCGCAAAAGGUGGAGAGCCAACUGGGCCCUAUCACGGGCACCAUCCCGCUCACGCGGCCAGGCCGCUUGACCCUGGUCUGGGACAACGGGCACUCGUGGUUCAAGCACAAGAUUUUGUCGUACUCGGUGACGCUGCACGUGCCUAGCCUGCUUGCCACGGAGAAGGCCAAGUGCGGCCGCGCGGUCAACGCGCUCAGAGCAUGCGUGCGUUCGAGGGAUGACGCGCACUCCAGGGGGGCGGAAGCGGUGCUUGAGAGGAAGGAGGCCGCAUCUACCGUUGAGCGUCUAGAGGAAGAGCUUCGAGAGAUGCAGGCCAAGCUUGACGGGGCGACCAGACUAGCGGAGCAGCUCGGGAGAGAGGUCGACGAUUGCCAACAAAGGGAGUACCUCGAAGGUCGCAAAAUCCAAGGAUUAACCUUCCGGCUCAUGCCGGAAGAGAUCCUGAUCCGGACGCUGUCCUACGGGUCGGAAGAAGACGAGUGGUUGACCGUCUGCAAGGAUUGGCUCGAAGCCCUGUCCCCGAGCGCGGGCGGCUCGAUAGACGAUGCGGGAUCCCACGAAUGACUGGUUGCGUGCGGCGACUAUUGGAACACCUACGAUCGGCGUCGCACACUCAGUUAUUGAAAAAUUUAUUCUUGAUGAUGAUGGUUGAUGAUGAUGGUUCGAGCAAGCUGUUUUUGCUGCGUCGGAAGGAACCCUGAGGCUCUUCGAAAGCAAGCCGAAAAGGGGCGGUUUCAUAAACAUGCUAGCCGGGUUUCCGACCAAGGAGGAGGGACUUCUUCAUCCCCCUUCAAGGGGUGUGUCUCUUUUGGGAUGGGUCGGUGGGAUGGACCGAGAAACCUUGAGAGAGCGAAAUAUGCACACUCCUUACGAGUUCCGAGGCGUGUGUUUUUGACGCACGCCGUCGAAGGGGCGAAUGUGUUCAGGGGGACAAGUAUUGCCGACGUUAUGUAGUGUUUCUUCACAGUUCAGGUAUUGUUGUUCCAGAGGCUUUGCCUGCAAACACUGAAAACCCUUGGUUGGCGUGAUGUUGUUUCAGGCGGGCAGGGGGCGUGGGAGAAGAGGGGGCUCGGGCAAGCGAGGAAUGGGGAUAGCUCGGGGCCCGUUCAUGGCUUCAUGUGUUGCUUGUUAUGGGCUCGAUUCUUGCUGCUGGCGUUUUUGGUGGAUUUUUCCUUGGUUUCCUGUCGCAGGGGCGCCAAAGUACUAACUGUAAGUGUGUGAUUUCGAUGGGGGCGGUUACAACACGGGGGGAGAGACCACAGACAGGGAGCGCGUGAUAAACGUCACGCCUUGCUAAACGCCUCUGUCCAUUUUUUUUUGUGUGUUUCUCGUCGCCUCUUGUCUUGGUUGCAGCAGCGUAAGGGCUCGUGAUGAGUGAGUCAGCAUCCUUGUAUGCAUAUUGGGGUCGGUUUUUGGAUUCGGAGCGUAUGCGCUUGUGGCAGACGACGCCAGCGUAGUACAACAGCGGCACAAGCUGGGUUGUCCCCCACGAGAACCGAGCGCAAUGAGCAUCCGAUCUUUACAUUAUUCUCAUAUCUGCCUAUUGGCCAAAGUAUAGUAGGCUUGAGAUGAGGCCGGGGCUACCCCCGGGGUACUAUU